GGAAAACAAUGCGAGUGGUGGGGUAUUGUGUUUAAUCCAGUCCCAGGUGACAGUUGAACGGGGCGCCGCUUAGCAGCAUCCUGUGAUAUAGACUUACUGAUUUUGUAAUAGUUUCUCCGGUUCCCCGAGACAAUGAAGCUGACGGAUAACGUCUUGCGGAGUUUCCGCGUAGCGAAGGUGUUCCGGGAGAACUCGGAUAAAAUUAACUGUUUCGACUUCAGUCCUAAUGGCGAAACUAUUAUUUCGAGCAGCGACGAUGAUUCCAUUGUAUUGUACGACUGCCAGGAGGGCAAACCCAAGAGAACAUUGUACAGUAAGAAGUACGGGGUGGACUUAAUCAGAUACACACAUGCAGCGAAUACAGUCGUGUACAGCUCCAACAAAAUCGACGAUACAAUCCGAUACCUUUCUCUUCAUGACAAUAAAUACAUUAGAUACUUUCCAGGCCACAGCAAGAGGGUGGUAGCGUUAUCAAUGUCUCCAGUGGAUGAUACAUUUAUCUCUGGCUCCUUGGACAAAACAAUCAGACUCUGGGACCUCAGGUCUCCAAACUGUCAGGGAUUAAUGCAUUUACAAGGAAAGCCAAUGUGUUCUUUUGAUCCUGAGGGUCUUAUAUUUGCAGCCGGUGUGAACUCGGAAAUGGUUAAGCUGUAUGACUUGAGGUCAUUUGAUAAGGGUCCUUUUGCCACAUUCAAGCUGCAGUAUGACCGCACGUGUGAGUGGUCUGGGCUGAAAUUUAGUAAUGAUGGCAAACUCAUUCUGAUAGCAACAAAUGGAGGCUUUAUUCGUUUAAUAGAUGCGUUUAAGGGAGCAGUCUUACAUACAUUUGGUGGCUACAACAACAGCAAAGGAGUGACGCUUGAGGCAUCCUUCACACCCGACUCUCAGUUUAUCAUGAUUGGCUCAGAAGAUGGAAAGAUCCAUGUGUGGAAUGGAGAAAGUGGAAUGAAGGUUGCUGUACUUGACGGUAAACACACAGGCCCUAUAACAUGCUUACAGUUUAAUCCAAAAUUCAUGACGUUUGCCAGUGCCUGUUCUAAUAUGGCAUUUUGGCUUCCCACAAUCGAUGAUUGAAACAGUAUUUUGUUAUGAACCAGUGGUCAAAUCCAGUACUCCUUAUACCUUAACAGAGAUGAACUGUUUGUAUUCGAGAGCGCCAUGAUUCCUCUGGGGUGCCAGUCCUUAUGCAUAUGUCUGCAAGUGUUCUGUUUUUCUUCAGCAUUGGCGACUUUUAUCAUAGAAAGGAAGUAAUGCUUUAUAGUCUUACUUGCCAACUCUCCAGAGGUGCACUUAAUAAAAUCACUGCGUCUUCUGUGUUCUGGGACAUGUCUGCUUUGUUCAGUUUUCAGAUCUCAAGUUUGGUGAAGCAAGAGUGGGACUUGUGACCAUCCAGUUUAGUUUAGAAAGUAUCUGUGGAUUCAGGUGAAGACUGUCAGCUGUAUAAGGAGGCCAGGAUGGAAUCAUUUCUACCUUUAGACUGUGGUUUCGGAAUCCUUCAAAGGACAAAGACUUGUAUUAAUGCAGAUGUGACAUUCACAGUAGCAUUUUGUGGUGCAAUGCUUCUGUCUGAUCUUUUUAAAAUGCUCAGAGCUGGCAUUCCUGCGUAUUAAUCUUCAUUACAGUGCAAUGUUUUGUAAAUGUACAGAGCACAAUUUUUUUACUUUAAAAUAUAUUAGAGAUUUGGUAUCCUUUCUGAAUGAACAGUUAUAUCGAUAACUUAAAUGCUGUAUACAUUAAAGUAUAUAAGCUGCUGCUAGCCAGGCAGUGUUACAGUAUAAAUUCUGUUACUUUGCAGAUUUGUUCGUGUAGCUAGCUACAUUGCUUCCAUAGCUCAUAGGUUGAGCAAGCAAAAUAUUUAUCCCAAUUCUUGUCUUUGCUAAAGUCCUUUAUUUGAAAUCUAUUUUUUGGCAGUUAGCUUACAGUCAAAGGUUUGAGAAUUCUGCCUUAAAGUGAUUGUUGUAUUUCCAAAAUGCUUUGCAGCAUAGUUCAUUAGCUGUGUUACAUAUGUUGAAAUAGUAAUUUAUUUUGUAAAAAUCAAUUUUUUGUGUCUCGUCUCCCCAUGCUUUCUUCUAUGAGCCAGCAUUUUCUCUGGGUGGUAUCCUCACAGCGAUCUUAUGAAUUGUAUUGUUAAGAGUUGCCAGUGGCAGCAGAGUUCUGAAUUCCUUGUAAAGCACCUUAAAAGUUUUUGUACAGACACAGUCAUUUGUGUUGUGGUUUUAAGUAAUGCAGUUUUCCUUAGUUUUUAAAUCAAAAUUAAUUAUGCAGGACUUUGCAAGAUGUAGUCAGUGAGGGUGCAGGUUUCUUGUUUCUGCAUUAAACAAAUGUAUAUAAUCUGUACAGUAGUUCAGAAAAUGAGGUAUUCUGUUUAGAGCCAAGAACUUCAAUGUAUAUUUCAAAACUUCUUUGUAACAUUAACAAUGGUUGAUAGUUAUGAAGAUGAAAAAGACCUAUAUAGAUUAUGGAAUAUAAAAUAAGAUUUUUUAUAAUGUGAA